AUGAGUUUGGAAGUCAGCACGCCCCCAGCGGGGCUCGACCGUGGACCAUCUGCCAGCCUGGGCACCCCGAGCGGCCUCGAGGCGGGCGAGCACUCGUUCGGGGACCAGGUGUCGUUGGAACGGUCGGAAGAAGCGCUGGACCGCGCCGGAUCCGAAGAUGUCGACCUCCUGGGCGGCGCAAGUAGCGCUGCAGACCCAGCUGACGGCCUCUCGGAGCACGCAAGCGACGCUGGCGCCGGCGCUCCGCCCGAGGAACCAUCCGCGCCCGCGGCGGAUGCGACUCCUGAGCCGCAGGGCCCCCCGCCGGCCGCGGACGAGCCCGAGACACCAGGCCUGCCUGAUGGCCCGGCGCCCGCCGAGCCAGAAGGCGACGCGAGCCCCGCAGCGGCGGAGCCCGCGAUAGACGAGCCCGAGCAGAGCGUGCCGGCCGCCCCGGAAGGCACAGAGCCCGAGCAGGACGCCAUCGCGGCCGACCCUUUACAGGACGACCAGCAAGCACCGCUCGGAGCCGAGGACGCGGGGGCAGGCGACGCCACGCCCCAGCCCGACGACGACGUCCCUGCCACGGACGGUGCCGGCGCGGAUGGCGCCCCCGCGGGCGAUGCGGGCGCCGCACCACCUGUGCCGGUCGCGACGGGCGCGGAGCCCGAGGCGGAGGUUGCCCAGGCCGCCUUGCCCGACGACGCCGGUCAGGACGCGGCGCUGCGUGCGGAGGCCAGCGGGGCGGAGGAGGGCGCUCCGGCGGAAGGCGACGAGCGCAGCGCUGGUGACGACGGCGAUGCGGACGCGCCAGCGCCGGAGGCGGCCGCGGAAGCCGCUGCACCGGAGGCGCCGGAGCAGGGCGACGACGCCGUUGUCGAGGCGGAGGCAGCCGCGGAAGCCGCUGCGCCGGACAGCGACGCCGCGCCCACAGAGCCAGAGGCACAGGACGCUGGCGCUCCCCCGCCUGCUGACGAGGAGGGCGCUGCGGGCGGCGAGGGGGCUGCGGGCGUGGAGGAGGUCGCUGCGGGCGGCGAGGGGGCUGCGCCGGCGGACCCGGGCGCGGCCGCGGAGGACGCGUCUUACGCGGCGCGCGAGGCGGACAUCGUCGCGCCGCCGGCGCCCCCGGCGCCCGCCCCACCGCCGCCGCAGCCCUCGGACGACAAGCCCAAGCGCGCGCCCGCGACGCUCCCAGUCGUGGAGCCCGACCCGGAGCCCGAGGGUCCCGUCGAGGGCGUGUUCGACGUCGAGAUCGAGGACCUCAUGGACGUCGUCCAGGCCGUGCAGGAAGUCGAGAGCGCGUACGACGCCGUGGAGCUCCAGGCUGCGCGCGACGCGCUCGACCCGACAGUCGAGCUCACGGAGGCGCUGCAGUCGAUCGCGGAGACGCAGCUCGGCGGGAGCGCGAAGGUCGUGGUGAUGGGCGGCAUCGGCGCUUCGGAGGAGAAGCCGUCUGUGUUCAAACACUGGCCAGGUGUGUACGCGGAUGCGACGGCGGGCGGCGCGGAGGGCGAGGACGGCGGCGCGGUGCUCGGCCAGACCGUCACGUCGGAGCUCUUCGAGGACCGCAUGGGGGGGGAGUAUUGCCUGUCGGACCUGUGCGUGAUGGACGUGGCGUCGCUGCAGUGGUCCAAACCGGUGACGCACGGGACGCUGGACCCGCCGCGCGGCGGGCACGCCGCGGCCGUGGUGCCGCUGCGGGUCUUCGCGGCGCCGGAGGGCGCGCAGGCGCAGCGGCGGCCGGGCCGGACGGACCGCAAUCCGCUCGCGGCGGCGGGGUUGGCGGGGCGAAAAGGGCAGACGACGCGCGGGCCCGGGACGCCGGCGUUCGUGCACUUGUCGGACUUGCUGCGGCACGUGGCGCGGAUGGAGGGGCCGGGCGAGGCCGGGGAGGUGACGCUGCCCGGGCGGGCUGCGGCGGCGGGGCGCGCGGUGGCGAGCACGAUGCUGCAGAGCCUGGUGGCGUGUGCGAACGCGCAGGGCGUGGGCGCGGGGUGGCCGUACGGGACGAUGCCGAUGAGUUUCGUGGAGGAGCUGUUCCACAUGGCGCUCGCGACGCGGAGCCCGGAGCUCGUGGACGGGCGCAGCGAGAGACUGGGCCUGAUGAACGAGCUCCUGAAGGCCAUCCGUGUCGCGCCGGACGUCGGCGGCCGCGGCGCGCACGACAUGGCCGUCGUCAAGGACGUCGAGCAGGCCCUCACGCUCCCCGCGGCCGCCGAGGCCGUCCAGCAGACCCUCCCACACGCCAUGCUGUGGACCACGCCCUCCCCGCACCACGCCAUCAUCCAGGCGGGCCGCGUCGAGAUCCUCGACGUCCCGCAGGCGCUCAAGAAGGCCUCGGAGCUCUACCUCACGCUCGAGGUCAAGGCCCUGCGCCCCAUUUUCAAAGGGAUGCCCACGCCGUUCCGGGGCGUACGCGCUGGCGCAACCGUGGGGCCCCCGUGGGACACGGGCGUCGCGGCGGGCGGCGCGCACAUCGAGGCCGGGCAGCUGGCGCGCGGGCUCGUCGCGGAGGCCGUCUGCAUCGUCGGCGGGCUCGGGUCGAUGCAGGGCGUCAUCGACAGUCUUCUCAGCAUGCUGGCGGGGGAGCGGUCGUCCGAGGCGCGGAUCGCGCUGAUCGCGCGGCUGCCGGACGUGCGCGCGCCGGGCGAGGAGGAGCAGGCGCUGGUGGAGAUCGGGAGCGGCACGAUCGACUUGCUCGAGGCCGUGGACGAGGAUGUCGUCGCCAAGACCAUCACGCUGUACGAGCCGACGCACAUGAAGAAGGGCGCGCGCACGAAGAAGAGCAAGAAGGGCGGCGACGCCGACGAGGCCACGGGCCCGUCCUCGCGGAACGUCCCCGUCGCGCGGUGCAACGUGACGGUACUGAUGCGGCAAGCGCUCAACCACAUUCGCCUGCUAGGGUCUAAGACCUACGUGGACGCGUUCCGCCUGGUCGUGCACGGCGGCGCGAGCGCCGCGCUGCCGGGCCCGGGCGCGCCCCCCGGCGCCGUGGUAUCGAAAGGGUUGGCUCCGAGUUCUUCGUUGAUGGUCUACGACGCCAUCGCCAACAAGUGGCAGGAGCUGCAGCCGGACCCGUUCUCGCUCGCACCGGCGGGGCGCGCGCGGCACGCGAUCGGGCGCGCCGGGCACGUCCUGUACGUGACGGGCGGCGUCAGCCACGAGGGGGCUGUAUUGGGAGACCUCCACGCACUCGACACGACCGACAUGACGUGGCAGAUGCUGACGCCGCAGCAGUCCGAGUGGACGAUGCUGCUGCAGCGGCACUCGCACUCGAUGACCGUCCUGCCGGGCGCGUCGCUGCUCGGGGAGCGCACGGUCCUCCUGAUCUACGGGGGCGUCGACGGGUCCGGCGCCGUGGUCGCGGGCGGGAUGGUGGCGCUCGACGUGACGCGCGCGCAGCAGCGGCAGCUGCUCGAGGCCACGGGCGCCGACGCGAAGGCGCUCGGGCUGGUCCCGCAGCGGGCGCAGGGCGUGAACAUCGACCCGGCGCCGGUGUCGGCGGCGAUCGUGCAGAACGGUGCGGAACCGCCCGGGCGGCGCGGGCACGCGACGUGCGUGGUGUCUGGCGUCCGGGAGGGUGCCGGGACGGGCGAGCACGCGUGCGCGGGCUCGCGGAUCUAUGUCUACGGCGGCCGCGUCGAGGGUGGCGGGCUCACGAACGACCUCUACUGCGCGCACGUCGAGCACGUGGCGCCGGAGAUCGGCGGCGAGGUCCAGCUGCGCUGGGAGAAGGUCGAGACGUCCGGUCCGGCGCCGCCGAAGCGCGAGUCGGCCUCCAUGGUCGCAAUCGGUUCUUGGCUGGUCGUCGUCAACGGGUGGGUUGGGCUCGAGGCCACGCCGUGGACGCGCGACUGCUACCUGCUCAGCACCACGACGAACCGCUGGGCGUCGCUCGCGUUCCCCGACCACUUCCCGUCCGGCCGCUUCCUGCACGCGGGGCUGAUGGUGGACUUCCGCGCAGGCGUGUCGCGGUGCUCAACGCUGCACGGGCCAGUCGCGCCGCCGCUGUCGUCGACCACGCAGCCGCGCCCGGCCCCGCGCGACCUCUCCGCGGGCCCCCCCUCGGAGCCCGUGCGCGUCACUGCCGGGAAACCGCUCGAGUUCUUUGUGCAGUCGCGCGACGUCACGCGGGCGCCGGCGGACCGCGCCGGAGACGGGUACACGGGCGUGCUGCUGCGGCUGUCGCCGUCGGAGGGCGACGACCUCGCCGCGUCGGUCGUGUCGGACCAGGAGGCCGCGGCGCGUGGGCUUUCUCUGGACCAAGCAAUCUCACGGUUGCAGGGCGUCGCGCAGGAGGUGGUGACGCAGGGCGGCGUGACGGACAUGGGCAGCGGGCUGUACUCGCUCACGAUGACGCCUGUUGCGUCGGGGCGGUACCUGCUGUGCGUGACGGGCGAGGACGGGCACCACGUGCGCGGCAGUCCGCUCCCGGUGCAGGUGGACCCCGGUCCGCUCGCGAUGGCGCGCACGGUCGCGUCGGGCGAGGGCCUGAAGAGCGGGUUCGCCGGGGAGCCGCUGUCGUUCUUCGUGCACCCGUACGACCAGCUCGGAAACAACCUCGCGACCUCGAAGCGGCUCCUGCGGCAGCUGCACGUGCGCGUGCUUGGACCGCACGCCCCCGCGGCGACGCUCACGCCCGAGCCCGAGCACGGCCGGAUCCGCGUGACGUACGUACCGGAGAAGACGGGGACGUACCGCGUCCGCGUCAAGGCUGGUCAGCACGACGUUCCGGGAAGCCCGUUCUCCGUUGGGGUCAAGCCCGGGCCGCUGGAGCCGGCCAAGUGCGAGGUGACGGGGCGCGUGGUCGGCGCGCGGUGGGUCGUGAACUACACCGCGCACAUCACGGUGCGGGCGCGCGACGCGCAGGGCAACAAGUGCUCGCUGGGCGGCGGACACUUCCGACUGCUCGCGGAGCGCGUGAGCGCCUCCCCGGACAUGCCCGAGGGCGACCUGCCGAUGCCGUCGGCCUCCGACCCCGAGCCGAAGCAGGCGGACGUCGUCCUGGUGACGGACUGCAAAGACAACAACGACGGCACGUACGCCAUGGACAUCAAGCUGCCGUCGGUGGGUCUGUGGCGGCUGUGCGUGGAGACGAAGAAGGGCAUCGACGUCGCGGCGGAGUUCGGCAAGGCGCCCGCCGAGGCCGCCGAUAUCCGCGACGCGCUGUCCAACGCCAAGCUGUUUGCACGCAAGCUCGACCUUGCGGGGGGCAAGCCCUUCGCGAUCUCGGUGACCUCCGGCACGCUGGACCCGAGCAAGUGCAGCCUGUUCUCGCAGGACGCGCACACGCAGGAGUGCCUCGACCGCGGCGCGCCCGUGACUCUGCGCGCUGGCGAGCGCGGCGGCGUCCGGAUCCAGGCGCGCGACACCGAGGACGCGGUGCUGCGCGGCGGAAACGACCUCUUCAUCGCGUGGCUCGAGCCCAAGCCGCUCCCGAAGCCGCUCCCGGCCAUCGGCGCGGGCGGCAACAGCGGCGCCAUCGUCGCUGCGGACCGGGAUCGUGACCUGGAGGAGCAGCAGCGCAGGAUCGACGCGAUGGACCCCCCGACGGAGCGCACGCGGCACGCGGUGCCCGUGAAGGUGGAGGACCUGCACAACGGCCAGUACGAGGUGACGAUGUCGGCUUUCCGCGAGGGCGCCUAUUGGCUGAUGAUUGAGGGCUCCAGCGGGUUCACGGAGCAGCCGGACUACCGGCCGGUGAACGGAUGUCCCGUGUCGGUCCGCAUCGAGGCCGGCCCGACCGUGCCGAGCCAGUGCGUGGCGCGCGGGGGGGGACUCGAGGGCGACAUCCCCGCGGGGGAGUUGGCGCAGUUCCGCGUGUACGCGUGCGACGACGCGGGGAACCGGAAGCGCGUUGGCGGCGACAGGGUCGACGUGUCGGUUUGGGGCGGCUGGGAGGUCCCCGUGGAGGUCGUGGACAACUUCGACGGCACGUACGACGUUUCAUAUCUGCCAGGGUCUUCCAUCGGCCCAGGGAACAUGCCGCUGGGCAACUCGAGCGUGGAGAUCGCGGAGAACACGUCCGCGUCGCAGCUGGCGUCCGCCGCGCGGAUCUUCCGCGUCGACGUGUGCGUGAACGGCCAGGACCUGCUCACGAGUCCCUUCUUCCCCCGCGUCAUUCCCGUCGCGGUGGACCCCGCGCGGUGCGAGCUGGAGGGCGUGCCGGAGAACCUGGUCGCGGGCAAGCCGCACCAGAUCGUCGUGCGGGCGAAGGACAGCCGCGGCGUGCCGAUCACGGUCGGCGGGACCGAUUUCCGCAUCGCCCUGUUUGGGGACAACGCGUCCAAGGUGCUGGCGGACAUUCGGGACCGCAACGACGGCACGUACGGCGUGCGGCUCCUCGCGAACCUCUCGGGGUACUACGACAUCGUCCUGCACGUGACCCUCAAGGGCAAGCACGUGGCCGGGUCGCCGCUGCACCUGUCGGUGGUGCCGCGCGGGCUGUUCGGUGCCGGGUUCUGGACGGGCGCGCGCGCGAUGGACGAGUCGGCGACGCACAACUUCAUCCUGUCCGGCGACGGCAUGCACUCGGCCGUUGCGGGCGAGGAGACGCAGUUUGAAAUCGCCGCCAAACGGUUGGGCGACGCGACUCCCGGAGAGGCGUUCUCGCUCGAGCUGCGCGGGCCCGAGGAGAUCUCGGGCAACAUCGAGGGCCCUGACGAGAGCGGGGUGUACUACGCGCGGUACCGGUGCACAUUGGCGGGGGAGUAUUUGGCGGUGGUGAAACUCGCGAAAUACACCCUCCAGGGGUGUCCGUUCACGGUCAAGGUGAGCGCGGCCGCGACGCACGCGCCGAGCUGCGAGGUCAAGUUCCUGAACGCCCGCGUGAAGAACAUCGGCGACGAAGGCCGCCCCGAAACGCCCGUGGUGUCGGUGGGCGAGCGGCUGCAAAUCGAGAUCCUCCCGCGGGACCGCUUCGGCAACCUCUCAACGCACCGCGAGGACCGGUUCUCCGCGCACAUCAGCGGCGGGCACCUCGACAUGUUCGUCAAGAGCCACAAGGUGAUGGCGCGGUUCAAGGGAGGGCGCUACACGGUGCCGAUCCUGGAGGUGCGCGGGCGGCGGCUGGCGGAGUGGAUCCCGGACUGCCGCGGCGCGUUCGGGAUGUCGGUGACGUACCUCCGCCCGGGCCUCGCGUCGUGGGACCAGGCGACCGACAUCGGCAACAGCCCGUACGAGAUCGACGUCAACCCGCCCCCCAGGACUGCGCGGAAGUUCUCCGACCUCCGGGACGAGCUCGAGGAGGGCGCGGCGCGGCAGGCCAACCUGAUCGCGGAGAAGGCGUUCAACGCGGCGCUGUUCGGCGGCGGCGCGGCCGCGGAGGGCGGCGCGGAGGCAGAACUGACUGCCGACGAACAGGAGCGGCGCCAGGAGGUCAUGGCGCAGGGCAUGAACUACAAGGCGCGCCCGAAGAGGCUGCUGAAGCGGCUGCGCGGCAUGCUCGGGCGGCCCGAGGUCGGCGCCGGCGACGCGGACAGCGACAUCUCGCAGGCCCUGACGGUUAUGUCGCGCACGGUCGCGGACCGGGCGUCGCGCGGCGCGGUGAAGAGCUCGAUCCAGCGCAUCAAGACGAUGCGGAAGGAGUCGCGCUCGAUGCUCCUGCGGUCACGCAGCGGGCAGGCGGACGCCGGCACGCUCACAGCGCCGCCGCCGCCGACCAAGUCGCUCGGGCGCGCCGGGUCGCGCGCCCGCAGCAUGCAGGGCACGUCGACGUCGCAGCGCGCGCUCAUGCAGUCCAAGAGCCGCCCCGCGAACGUUCCGGCCCCCGUCGAGGAGGCCGGCGAGAUCGUCACCGCUGAGUUCGAGGACGUUCCGGGCCUGCAGGGCCCGCGGCUGCGGCGGCCGGCGCAGCCGCCGCUCAAGGUCGGCGCGACGGGCGACGCGCAGCCGGGCAAGCCGCCGAAGCCGCCGGGCGGGGACCGGCCGUCUGGGCAGCCGCGGACAGAGACAGUGCGCGACAAGGUCGGUUUCGCGGAGGUUGCGUCGACGGCGACGCCGCCGGACACGGGCGGCGGCGCGGGGCUGUUCAGCGCAGGGUUCUGGGGGCAGCAGGAUACGGUGAACGACAUGAUCGAGGGACCGAAGGUCGUGAAGACGUCGACGACGAUGCGGUCGCGGCAGGUUGGGCAGCAGGUGGAGGAGCCCGGGGUGGAGCCGGAGCCGACGCGGGCGCUCAGUGAGAUGCAGCGCGCGCGCACGACGCGGAUCCGCGAGCGGGACACCAUGGGCGACGCCAAGAAGGGGUUCUUCAGUCGCCUACGAGGACUCAAACAGCCCAAGAACUAA